AUGGCCAUCGAUCAAGUUGAGAGUCAACAUUUUGCCAGAGCGACGGUAAACGUGGGCUCACUCAAACCCCGAUGGGGUGGGGAGCUCCAUAAAGUCGUCUGCCUGGAUGCCUACACAUGUCCAGUCCCUAAGUUCGACUUCCCGCACGAGUAUGUCGAGUAUCAUAACACCAUUGGUGAGGACUUGAUCAUUGAGCGCGUCCAUGAUGCCACAAUCAUCAUCACAUCGCGCGCGCCUGUGUCGAGCCGCACCAUCGCCGCCUGCCCGCGCCUCGAGCUCGUGGCCUUCAUGAUCACUGGCACUGACAUAGCUGAUAAGAAGGCGUGCCGGGCGCGCGGCAUCGCUGUAUGUAAUGCGCCUGGCGCAAACGCAGAGUCGGUUGCUGAGCACGCGUUUGCCUUAUACAUGGCUGCUAAGCGUCAAGUUGUUGACCUACACCGCAUCACACUCGAAGCUGAGGCUUGGCCCAGAGAGAAGAACGUGUUUCAUCUGUACCCGCAAAUGCCACGGGUUUUGAGGCACGAAGUAUUGGGGAUUGUCGGGUACGGGGCCAUAGGGAAAAUUGCGGAGUCGAUAGGACAGGCAUUAGGGAUGUCUGUCUUGAUUGCUGAGCGGAAAUCGGCUGCGUCUGAUCAGGUGAGGGCUGGAAGGCUUCCUUUUGAGGAAGUGAUCAAGACGUGCACGGUACUGAUGCUCGCGUGUCCGCUCGACGAGGAGUCAAGAAACAUGAUUUCCGAGCCCGAACUCCGAACUAUGAGGCCGGAUAGCAUUGUAGUUAACGUGGCGCGGGGGGGCGUCAUGAACGAAGCGGCGCUGUUAAAGGCGCUCAGGGAAAAAUGGAUAUUCGCUGCCGCCACAGAUGUCUUUGUAAACGAGCCGGCGACCAAAGAGGGUUGCCAGCUUCUUCGAGAAUGUCCUAGCAACCUGACCCUCUCUCCACACGUCGCUUGGUAUGGUGGUACAUGCCAGGAGAAUUCACAGCUGAGAAUCAAAGAGACACUUGAGAGCUAUGUGGCAGGAAAUGUUAUCAACUCGGUUCUUUGA